AUGCAUGGAUUAUCAACUUUAAAUCGAUUAUUGGGAAAGAAGAAUAAAGAAGUGUCACGUUCGACGUCAAAUCUUAGCAAGUCGCAUAGUAACCUGGAAUCAUCUAGUCAACACAACAAAAAAAUUCCAAUUUUAAACAAUGCACCAUUUGAGCAGACAUUUAGAGUUACAGUAUAUCUGCCAAAAAAUCAACUAUAUGUGGAGCGUAUUGGAGCUAAAACAAAGCUCGAAAAAUUGAUGAAUGAUGUUUGUGAUAGUAAAAAUUUGAGCAUUGACAAAUAUGAAUUCCGUCAUCCAGCUGAUAUGUCGCAAGUUUUUGAUGCUGAUAAGACGAUUGGUGAGGUGGGAUUGAAUGAAUUACGACUUGUUUUAAAAUCUGAGAGUAGAUAUAAUGGGGAUUUUCACCGAUAUCACAGUCGACCAGACGAUAUUAUCAAGUAUAAGCCAUCUAAUGUAGCCGAAUCUGUAUCGUCGUCAGAAAUGAGUCGAUCAAAUUUAAAAAAUACAUCAAAGACUUCGCCAUAUAGCUCUACAAACUCGCUUAAUUCAUUAGAUUCAACGGGAAUGAAUUCCUCAAAUAAAGUUCAACAGCCAGUAGCACCGAUAAGAAAGAAGAAACGAACUGCACCUCGGCCUCCUAGCGAGAACUCAAUUCCAGAGCAAGAAAUCUUCAACACAUCAACAUUGAAUGUAUUUAAGGAACCACAUUCCAUUUUACCUCGUAAGAAUUUCCAUGUGUCAUCGCCGCAGUUGUAUAAUAACAACAUUAAUAAUAAUUAUGAGAUUGCACAAAAGAGCGACAGUAACAACAAUCAUACUGAAUUGCGCUCAGUGUCGAGUCGAUUAAAUGCCAUAACACGUCCAUCAUCUUUACAUUUUGGAAGUAAUACGGAAAUUGUCAAAAACUUGCCUGAGCGUCAACGAAACAACAGUGAAUCAUCAGAAAUUCAAAAUAUUAUGCGAGAUUCAGGCUCAAUGCAAAACAGUCUAGAGAGAGCAAAGAAAAAGAGUCCAGCUCCCGUUCCACCUACACGAAAAAUAAAGCCCACGCCAUCACCUCGUACAAUUCAGGAAGAUAUGAAAUCCAUAACUGAAAUAAAAGAAGUCGACGAACAAGAGAAUGUCAACACGCAAAAAAUUGUGGGAGAAAUUCCUAUCGAUGAUAAUCCAAAUAAUAAAGGCACAAUAAUUAAUAAAAUCACCAGCAGCAAGACAGAAGAUGAAAAUGGAAACGUGUCAAAAGUGUUGUUAAACAACAAGUCAGAGUCAAGUUUAGAAAAAACAGAAGGUCCUAUUUCAAUACAAAUUUUAACGUCGAAAAGUAAGGUUGAACAACAGUCGUUGUCGCUGCAGCAAGAAGAAAUGUCGAAAGAAAGUGCAAAAUUACCAGUCGUUUCAAAAGUGCACAUAAAUCAUCGCGGGGAUGAAACGCGAUCAGGCUCCGAAGCAGAAGAAGAAGAAAUGACUGUAAACAUUUACAAUGUGACAAAAAGUGUCGUGACUUGUGAAAAGCCAGCUAUAAUAAAAGAAACUAAUAAUAAAAAGAUAUCAGUUGUUGAGGGUGAACAAAAACAUGUCAUAAUUGAAAAUAAUAAUAAUGAUAUUGUGAAAGAAGAAACUUCUAAUGUAACUAAAGUCGAGGAAUGUCAACGAUCGCCGUCUCCUGAAUGGACAUAUACACUACCAGCGCCACCGAUUGUGGGAAAUAGUCUUGAAAGUAAUAACAGCAAUGUCAAUAAUAAUAAUAAUUCGCCUACAGAUCAGAAGAGCGUUGUCGGUAAUAAAUAUUUUAGUGAUUACACGUCAACAGUCAAUGAUAACGAAACAAUUUUAUCAGAUUCCAAUACUACUGUUAUAUCAGCAGAAACACACAUUCAACCUAUUAUCAAUGAUAGAAGAAAAGUACUUGAUGACAGUUUUAUCAUAAAUCCAAACGAUUAUACGAAGCCUUCAACGGCUGCUGUAGCUAUUUCGGAUAAUGAGAGCGAUAAGAGCACUGAAGUUAUAACUUCAGAUUUAGAAGAUGGAUAUUUAGGAAAUAAUAAUAAUAAUAUUAGUAAUGAUAAUGAAAUAAGUGUAAUUGAAGAGGUGGUUGCAUCGAAACCCAAGCCCGUUGAGGAUAUCCAGAAAAGUCGUUUGAUGUCGAUCACACGUUCAGAUUCAUUCUCAAUUGGUCAACAAAAGAGAAAUGAAUAUUAUGAUGGAAUGAUAAGAGGAACUAAUUUUAAUGCAUUGCCUCAAAGGAGUACAUCGUUCUUAUCUUUAGUUCACUCGCAAAAAGCCGAAAUGAGAUCAUCAUCAUUGACGGCUACAUCAAUUAAACAAGAUUUAAAUGUGCCUUAUAAUAGACAAAAGUCUACAAGUGAAUUAAGCAUUUCUGACGUGCCUUCUCUGCAGAGUUUAGAGGUCAUUAAGAACAUAUUGAAUUGCCGUAAAAGUAGCUUACAAGAAAUAAAUCGUAAAAGUGUCUUGAGCGAUGACAUUAAUAAUGUUAAAAGUGCUCCAAUUGAAGAGCUCAAAAAAAUUCAUUCAAGUACUUUAAUUGAAGCAGCAGAAAAAUCAGUAACAUCCACAACAUCAACAUCGAAAAUUGAAGUAAAAAGUACUGAGAAAGUAAUUUAUAACACCAUUGAAACGAGAGAUAUUAAGAAAUUGGAAACUCAAAAAUCCGAGCCAUUCUUUGUUGAACGUAAUAAAAACAAUAACAGCAACGAUACAAGCAAUAACAGUGUGAAGAAAUCCGAAACGCAAUGGCGUUAUAGUGGUCCACCAAAAAUCAAUUUUUCAACAUGGAAUGAGCGUCCAAAAGUCGAAGUUUCGGUAAUGAGCGAUGAAGAUUAUAUUUUCGGUGGUUCUAAGCAUUCCACAACGUUACCACGUGAUUUUAAAAAUCAAGGAAUUAAUCAAUAUAGUCAGAAUCAAAAUGUUGAUAAUGUUGAUUCGUAUGUAAGGAAAAGUUAUAGUACAGUCAUGGUUAAAAAUGAAAAUAAAGAGGCUGAGAGACACUUGCCCAAAGUUUUGGGCGUUGAAUAUAAGAAGGAUGUGGUUGUGCUUCGAAAUAAUAAUAAUAAUAAGAAAGAUACAUCUAUGCCAGCACCGUCGAGUGAGAUAAAUAAUAGAAAUAAUUCUACAAAAACCCUCAUAAGCAUCAAGCAACGGCCGGUAACAAUGGAUUAUAGCAGUGCAAUUUCUUCGUCCACAACAAAAACAACUUUAAACUCUCCUAAUUAUCAAAAACAAUUUGUCUCGUUUAAUAAUAAUAAUAAUAGUAGUAGUAGUAGUAAGAAGUUCACACCGAUCGUCCAUGGAUUCAGUAAAUUGGAUAAUAUAAGUGAAACUCAAUCUGAUGUGAAAUCGUUACCGAUUACUAAUAAGAUUACAGAUGCGAAUAAUGAGAAACGAGCGGAAGCGCCAAUGAUUCCAGUCAAACCAUCGUACUUGCGAUCAGCAUCUGCUGGCGGAGAUAUGAGUCGCAAUUUGAAACCAUCGUCAGUCAAGAAUGUCACGAAUCCGAAUAAUACUGACGCAAAUGACGAAAGUCCCUACUCACAAACACUUCGUCGGACGGGAUUAAUUGAAAAGAUGUUGAACAAUGAUAAGAAGACUGAAAGCAUUUUCGGGAAAGUUCUUGAUAAGCCCAAAAGCACUGCUACAAAUCCAUCUAGCAACUCUGUUCAAUUAAAUGAAGAAAAGAUAGAAAAGGUUACAAUUCGUCAACUUUCACAGCCAAUAACGUCUACAAAUAAUCCACCACCUCCACCUCCUCCAAUGAUUUUCAGAAAAUCGGUACCGGUUGUUAUUAGUGGACAAAUGAGUGAAGCAGAUACAAAAAGUCAACUGCUUGAUGCCAUCAAGAAUUUUAACAAAGAUUCACUUCGUCGGAAAUAA